AUGGCAAUGUUCCAACUGUUGCCCCUGUUGUUUGACUUCGAGACCUGCUCAGUCGACACGGGCGAAGCCACUACGAGGCUGCUGUCUUGGAAUAUCUUGGCACCAGGGUAUUGCAAUGGCCAUUACUUCAAGGACGUGCACCCAGACGCUCUCCGAUGGUCACGCCGUGCGGUUCAGAUCAAGGCAUUGCUGUGGUCCUACUGUCCGGAGAUCGUUUGCUUGCAAGAGGUCGAGCUUCACCGUCCGUUGGAAGAGCUUGGCUUGUCUGAAUACCAGACGGCGCAAGCCCAACGUCCUCCCGGGCCCCAUGGUCUGCGUCUCGACGGCUGCUUGGUGGCGUGGCGUUCCGAACGCUUUCAGUUGCUGAGGCAGCAGGCCAUCUCCUUCGACGACUGGCUCCCACCAUCUCAGCACUCGGGCCACGUCGCCUUGUUGCUGGAGCUGCGUGCCGCGAGCACCGCGAGCACCGCGCGCACCGCUGGCCGUGCGGCGGCGCCGCUGCUGGUGGCCACGACUCACCUGGCAUGUGGCGAAGAGCUGGAAGAACAGCGAGUAGCACAGGCCAAGAUCCUUCUGGAGGCCAUCGAUCAGUUCCAUGCUGAGCAGGUGGUGCUUUGUGGAGACUUGAACUGCACACCCAACAGCCGCACCCACCAAGUCCUGGCUGAGUGCUACUACUCCGCCUGUCAGGACCUGGAGGCCUUGCAGGGCGACGAUGCACCUUGCACGGCGACCAAUGCCAGCGUGAGGGCGGGCGAAGGCUUUGCAGAGAUCAUCGACUACUGCUUCCUGAACCGUCCAGGCGCUGCGUUGCGGCGCUGGCGGCCGCCCUCGCGGCAGCAGCUGCGCUGUCUUCUGGGUGCCACGGUCUCUGCGCCGGUGCCGACGUUGAUGCGUGGGGGGCAUUGGCCAUCGGAUCACUUGCCAGUGGUGGUGGACCUAGCCCUGAGCGAGCAAGUUGGCACCGGAGCCUCCUCUUCUGUGCAUUCCCUGCCGAACGGUUGGACGCAUGCUGAGCUCGCAGAGCUGGAAGAGACGCUGGCCGCAGAUGAGACUACAGAUGAUCCAGGUGCGUGGACCUCAAACCCCAGACCUUGGCGCUGUUUGAGAUGCCACUCCAGUCAUUGGACCUCGUUGGGCAACGACACCUAUGCAUGCCAGGUCUGUGAUUCUCGAGAGUUCUACGAUUCUUCGGAACCCCGAAGGCACCAGACUUCUGAUGGUGUUUGGAUGUAUGUUCCUGCGGUACGGUCCGAUGGCUCACCCAAUGAGGAUCCGCCCCCAUUUGCUUCCCGGAGGCAGUCCGAGGAUCAGCGAGCCGCUGACCCGGCACGGGAAGCAGGUGAGAGCGAGAAUCCAACCCACGAUCCUUCGGUGGACACCUCGGUUGACUAUGUUUGGCCUCAAGGCCUUGGUUCUGAGUUGUCGGCCGCCAGUUCAAGACGUCAACGAAGGAGAAAUCGAUCCACUGCGCAAGAAGUACCUAGCAAUCCAUCGCCUUCAGGUGUUCCUUUGCCGGCCAUGCUGCCGAUCGAAGCUCGAGGCAAGGGAGUUGGCAAGAGUUCAGACGACUCGGAGCUCCUCAAGGUGAUGAAGCAGUUGCUUGAGGAGCGCAAGAACGACAAGUCCUCGCAGAGCAGUUGGGACACCCGUAAGGGACCGUCGCCUGGCAGAAAGUGGAAGGGUGGAACACCACCAAAUCCACCCAAGUGGAACUACAGCUCCUCGGACCUCCGCGCCUUCUCCAAGUUCGAGCGUCGGGUCAACGUUUGGAGAUUACAGGUUCAGAAUCAGUUGACCGGCGCUGAGGCCGGUUUGAUGCUGUUCUCAAGCCUGACAGGCGAGGCCGAGGCAGAAAGUGAACACAUGGAGCUGUCGAGGGUGAAUGACAAGAAUGGCGUGGACUACAUUCUUUCGUGCUUGAAGGGGCCGCUUGAGCAGAAAGUUUUGUAUCAGAAGCGUGCAUUGCUUGCAAACUAUGAAGUUGUUGCCCGCACUGCAAACGAAACGAUUCGACAGUACAUCAAUCGAUACAAGCGGAUUGAACGUGAUUUGCAAGCAGUUGGCAUACAGACAGGUGCAAUGUAUGACUCAGAGUCGAGGGGAAAUAGGAUCCUUGAGCGUUGUAAGUUGGAACCUUCAUUGGCCCGUUUGGUUUUGAUUGGUGCACACAACAGCUUGGAUUUUGAUGCCAUUGUUGAAAGUUUGCAGCUACAAUUCCCCGACUUUAAGACCACGCCAGCAGUGUUUCAUCAGCAUCAGCCUCCAUGGAAGCAGCCACAGUCGUUCAAGUCCAGUGGAAAGUCGUACAGUUCCACAUCCGCCUCCACCACUACGAGCUCAAGCUCAACGGUGCCGUCAUCGGCAUCAGCCUACAACCGCAGCAAAGGCAAAGGAGGGUAUCCACCUCGCAAGGUCUUCCAGGCCGAGCACGAAACCGUGCAUGAAGCUGAAAACGAAGACGAGCUCGCAACGGCCGACAUGGCCGCCGAGGACGAAGAGUUCUUCGAGCCCGAGGAAAACCCCGAUGCCUCACCGUCAGUCGACCCUGAUCCGGACCAGGAAGAUGACGAUGAUUUGGGUGCGUCGCUAAGCGAAUUGGCAUCCGUGCUCACGGUCACUUCCAACAAGUUGAAAGCAGCUACAUUGGGUCGAAAGUUCACUGGACGCAAGUCCAUACAAGAGAGGAAGCGCACAAGCAGUUGUUCAGCUUGCGGUGCCAUCGGCCAUUGGGCUGGUGACACCGAGUGUCCAGUCUCGGCCAAAGGCCCUGGCAAAGGAGGAAAAGGCAAGAGCAAGACUGCAACUGGGGGGACCCAAUCCUCGACUUCCUCGUCCACCUUCCCCAAGAAGACGUUCGUGGUGACCUAUGGGGAUGAACAACAACAAGAUCCACAAGAUCCCUUCUACACCUUCCCGGCCAACCUCAUGGUAGAUGUUCCGGAUGCCCCCUUCGUUUAUGUCACCGAGACCAUUGACUUAGCUGGCUACAUGGUGUUGGACACGGCAUGUCAACGGUCAUGUGCUGGGAGCCGGUGGAUGGGUACACAUAUGAAGUUGUUGGGAAACCAUGGGUUGCAACAUCACCAAGUACCAUGCGACGAUCGAUUCCAGUUCGGUGCAGGUGCAUGCCAGCAAGCAGCAACCCGCUGCGACUUUCCAGCUGCCUUCAUCAGUCAGGAGACUCAGGGCAUUGUUUUGGGUGCAAGCGUUUUGGAUGUCAACAUUCCGUUUUUGGCUAGUCGCAUCCUCAUGGAACAGUUGGGCUGUGUCAUUGACAUGCAUCAAGGCAUUUUGCAUUUUGCAGUUGUUGGCAUUCGUGUUCCAUUGAAACGCAAGCACGGACAUUUGGUUGCAUGCAUCACGGCAUUUCCUCCGAGAGUUUCGCACAUGUCUUGUUGGAGUGAUUUGCAAGAUGAUCGUUUUUGGCAUGAACCUUCACCCGAACUCGUCGUGCAUCCCGAAGCUUUGGCUGUUUCAGACGUUGUUUCCACCACGGCUUUCAUCUAUGCGGGCCAGUCCGUCGACGAGACAGCCACCCACAUGGCUGGAGCAUUGGAGGACCUUUCUCCUCCAUUUGUUCCUGUUGGAGUUCAAUGUCAUCAAGUCCAUGCGCAAGCUGGUGCGCCUCGGAAUCCGUCCAAGGACAUGGCUCAGCAGCAUGGGUUUGCUCGAGCUGCAGGAGAAGCAUCGUGCACAGAUGCAGAGGACCAUGGUGUCACAGAGGGAUUGCACAUUGCACUCACCCCGAGUUCCAGCGAUACGGCAACCUCCACGGCCGCUUCGCCAAGUGCAAGAGAUGCGAUCAAAGGCUCCAUGAGACCCAUGAUCCACGACCUGACGAUGAACGACUACCAGGGAUCGGGGUACACUCGAGAGGAGUUCGAGAACAUCAUGGAAUGCUACGAGGAAAGGGAGCCGACCUCAGACAAUCCGGAUCAGUACCACUCCGAUCUGGAGAGCAAGCUGAGAGAGCUGCACCGUGUCUACAAGAUAGAAUAUGACCUGGUGAGCCAAUCCAAGGAUGAUGAUCACCUGCUCGAGCACUUCAAGAAGUCACGGGACACACGGUCCAAGGUUGACAUCCUGGAGACAUUCGCAGGGCAAGCCAACAUCUCCAGAAGAAGCGGCCAAUUUGGCCUUAGUGCGGCAGCGCCCAUCGACUAUGCAACCGGAUGGGACCUUCAGAAGACCGCCCACCAGCAAGAAGUCGAGUGGCAACUGGAUCAACUCAAGCCCUUGAUCCUCAUUCAGGGCAUCGAUUGCCGCGACUGGUGCGUCCUUCAGGACAACACCAACUAUGUCAGGAGGAAGAUCCUUUUGCUCAUGCGUCGAGCUAAGGCACGCAGACUGUUGAAGAAGGCAAGGAAACCAACCUUGUCACAGCACUACCCACCAGAGAUGGUCGCCGAGAUCCUCAAGGGUGUGCAAGAAGAGGUACACCACCGACAUCCAGAUCGACAGCACCAGCCACGUACCUUUUUCACUACGUUCAUGGUCACAGCAAUUGACCAAUGGGCAGAAGCACUCCAGAUGGCUGACAGCACGUUCCAAGUCACUCGAUACAAGUCCUUCACGCUGCCUACAUCAGAUCCACUCUUCCUCAAGGCCUUGGAGCUUUCUCAAUGGAAGCACGUGAGGGUUCAGAUCGCAGCACAACCCAUCACCUGGCGAUUUCCCUGGCACGUGCCUCACACCCACAGGGCAGCCGUGCUCAGAUACACCGACGGCCAGGUGGAUGUCAUUGAAGAAGAUCUUCAAGAACUACGUCGCCCAAAGGCACGGUUCAAGAAGCCAGUGGACGUUGGCAUUUUCAUGUUCGGACAAGCCCAACAGGCAGAACCACACGAAUCACAUCCUCCAGAGGCCAAACGCCUCCGACCAAACCAGGACGACACAGCCACGCCACAGGCAUCAGACCGGCCAGAUGACAACCCACGAAGCAUUAUGCCAAAUCCCUCGGAGGACUCUCUCAAGAUCAGUGCGGAGAUCAAGAACAGCCUCCGUCGGAUGCACAAGAACCUCGCACAUCCCAGACCAGCAGAACUCAAACGACUGCUGGCUAUGAAUGGCAUUUCCGACCAGCGGAUUCACACAGCCGUUGAGUCGAUGUCGUGCGAUACAUGCAAUCGCACCAAAGGGCCGUCCAGGAGCAAACCAUAUGAUCCUCGGGUCAUUUGUGAAGUCACUCACCUUCACUUGGGCUUCCUCCUCCAGAACCGCUCACCGGAGGAGAUCACCCGCUGCUUCACCUUAGGUUGGGCCAGGGCAUUUGGCUUUCCACUUCGGAUCAGAACGGAUCCAGAUGGCUCAUUCCGAGCCGCCUUCGAAGCAGCUAUGGAUGAAGCCGGUGUCUACAUGGACUAUGUUCCGGCAGAAGCACACAACAAGAUAGGCCUCAUUGAGCGCCACAAUGCAACAUACAGAUCACUCAUGGAACGAGUGAUAGAACAGCAAGCAGUUGUCGGCAGCGACCAGAUGGAGCUCACAACAGCUGCAGCAGCACACGCCAAGAACUCCUGCACAUGGUCGGCGGGACGUCCGCCAUACGUGGCCGCUUUCGGCCGCAUUCCACGACAAGGCAUGGAGCUCUUGAGCGAUCCACACGGCCUUGUGACAGGCCAAACAAGAGCACAAGCACAACAGCUCGCAGACACUUUGCGGGUCGAGGCACAGCAACAGAUAGCUGCCAUGUCAGUUGACAGCACUUUCCGGCGGGCACUCCUCCGGAACACAGCACCGACAGAGCAAGACAUCCCAGAAGUUGGCAGCAUCGUCGCCUACUGGCGUUGGACCGCCAGGAGCGGCAAGAAACGAGGCGGGUACAAACUCGCAAGGUUGCUUGGCCGCGACCCAGACGGCAAAAGCAUGUGGGUUCAAGCAGGAACCAACACUGUCAGAGUCGCCCCUCACCAGCUGCGGGUGGCUCGUGGCUUUGAGAACUGGAACCCCGACUACCAGCAGAUCAAGGCCCUCAGACAAGCCUCACACAAUUUGGACGACAACAACAUCCAGGAUGAUACAGUUCCAGCACCACCGGAACAACUGGAUGACCCAGACCAACCACUCGGGAACGAUGACCACGAGCUCAUUCCCGAGGUUUCUGAACCGGCAUUACCUCUUCUAGUACCUCAGGCCUCAAGGACCAACCAACAGGCAGAGCACACAGAAGAGGCAGUACAGACAGAUCCCUACCUGCAACAGCAGAGCAGUGCACCACAAGUUGAGUACCAUCUCAACGUGCACUCACCGACAUACAAGCAGACCAUCAUACACCCACAAGCACAGCCGAGUACACCAUUCGGCAUGACACCAGAGCAAUGGAUGCAGCCGGCAGUGAAUGUACCUGUGAGAAAACAACACCGCUCCCGCACACCAGGUCCACAGGCAAGUGAAGCAGAGGUCAUCGAUGUUGACGGCCUAUCAGACAAGACACCACCGCUGCAGCAAGACCACUUGGCUCACGUAGUGCCGUCCACACCACCGGACUUAGCACUGGACGCACGGCAAACCUCUAAGAGGAGCAGCACCGAGAUGGAGCAGCCGAUACCAGUGCAAGCACCACGAGCCUCAGCAGACUUCGCAGCACUGCUGACAAAACACGUUCGGCAGCAGCGGAUUGGCAACAGCACUUACAUCCUCCACGGAUAUCAGAACAUGGCAAAGGCAGCCAACACCACAGGCACUGGCCUUCACGUUUGGGCCAGACUUGACACCGCAUCACAUUGCCUCCAGACCACCCAUUUUGCGGGUCCGCCCAAAGGAUCCAUCCAGCACAGGAGGGUACUCACUCACCCUCACGGCAAGGUCGUAUGGGACGCUCCAUACGACAGCGAUCAAGAUGGUCGCGCAAUUCUCCCAGAGCGCACAAACCUGAUCACAGAGCUAUGGCAUGAACCUUAUGCAGCACAUCUCUCCUCCCUGGAAACAACUCCAGACGGCAUCCAGUUCAGAGACCACUACCACGAUGGCAGUGAACACGUGAAGAUGCCGUAUGCUUGCCACUAUGCCUUUCAGGCAUACCGGGCAGCCCCAGGCUACACUGGCACCGGUGAGUCUAGCGACUCCGAAGCCUCAGCCGAUGACAUGACGGCUGGACAUCAGGACACCACCAAGACCCUGACACGCCAGGAACAAAAGGCCCUGGACAAGGAAGUCCCUUGGCAAGCAAUACUGGAGAUGAACCAAGAAGAUAUCGACAAGUAUGUCGAUUCGGCAAAGGCCGAAGAGACCUCCUGGCAACAGUUCCACAGCGUGAUCCCUCUCACGACCCAGGAGGAGCUUUGCCGAGAGAGCGCUACACCAACGCGCCAAAGUGAAUACAUGUUGUAUGCAAUUUUCAUUGCAGGCCACAACAACAUGUUCCUUGAUGGCCGUGACAAGUGGCAGCUAUGGUGUGGCGACAUCAAAACCGCAUUCCUGCAGGGGACGCCAGAUCCUCGUCGUCUUCCGUUGUACAUGCUUCCACCUCAAGAUGGGGUAACCAAGCUUGCAGGAACUUUUCGUUCACCGCUCUACAAGAUUGUUGGUAACAUCUAUGGCCUUGCAAGCGCCCCCAGGACAUGGUCGUUGCAUGUUGUCAAGGAGCUCACCACAAAAGCCGGAUUCCGCCAGCGUUCGCUGGACAAGAUGUUGUUUUAUUUGUGGGAGCGCCUGCCUGGAGAUGAGCACGAGUCGUUGGCAGCAGUUUUGGUUGCAUACGUUGACGACUUCCUCCUCACCCACAAUGAGCGUUGGGACAGGUCCAAGCUCACCCGACUUUUCCAGUGGGGAAGUCAAGAUGCCCUCACGGAACAACAGAGCUUGGUGUUCAAAGGAAAAGAAGUCAGCCUGAAACGCCAAGGUGAGGUUUGCUACCUGGCCCUGACCCAGUCCAAGUUCAUCGCUGGCAUGAAGGUUGGCAAUGUCGCAUGCAAGAAGCGACUGGAUCAGGUGAUCCAACCGGAAGACAUGCCGGAGUUUCGCUCCGUUGCAGGAUGUUUGCAGUGGCUUGCAGGUCAAUGUCGACCAGAGGUGGCAUCAACAGUUUCGUUGUGCAGCCGCGGAACAAAGUCCACCUACAAGGACUUGCAAUGCCUAUAUGAUGCAGUACAUUUGCUCCAUGCUUCACCAAACAGCGGCAUCAACAUGUGGCCAGUUCCAGUCCACCAGCAUAGUUUGCUGGUCAGUUUUUCUGACAGCUCAUGGGCCAACGCUGAAGGUUCAGCUAGCCAGCAUGGCAACUUGGUCCUCAUUGCUGACCCUAAGAUCACCGACACCACAGGGACAGGAUUGCUGAUAGAUUGGAAGUCAAGCCGCAGUAGCCGAGUUUGCAGGAGCACAUUGUCGGCAGAAGCAAGUGCAUGUGACACUGGAAUUGAUCGAGCCGCUUUUCUUUCAUUCCUGCUGUCCGAGAUGAUUUUCUGCUGCCCUUCGUUCAAGCUGACCCGGACACUUCGCAUCAUCGGUGUCACUGACUGCAGAUCGUUGUACGAUGUUUUGGUCAGCGAGAAUCCUCGCACGGAGGACAAAAGGACCAUAGUGGUCAUCAGAGCCAUCCAGCAAUACCUGCAAAGGCCUGACGUUCACUGGGUUCCGACCCGCCUCCAAUGGGCAGACAGCUUGACAAAGCUGAGUGACAAGCUGGUCACCACUUUCAUGCAGUGGCUUGAAAAGCCAUGGAUCCAGCUGAGGGAGACGGUGCGCACCGAGCCUCGUUCGCUUUUUGUGCGAAAAGGCAAGUGGAUGCAGUUUCCACGAGAUCAACGGAUCCUAUCCUGGGCUGGAACUUGUCAGGAGCUCCCCACAGAUCUACCUGGUCCACGAUUUCUUCACCUCGCACGAGUGCCAUCGGUUGAUCCGCAAGGCGCAGGAGAGCCAAUGCCUGGUGCCCGCGGGGGUCUAUGGCCCUGGCGGCUUGCAGCGUUCCUCCAGGCGCACGAGCCAUCAAUGCCUUUGUCCACAAGCGGAGGCCCCCACGCUGCUGCAGAAGAUUGUAGACCUGUUGAGAUGCAAGCCCCGGGAGCUGGAGGCUUGUCAGAUCAUCCGCUACCAGGAGGGCGAGCUCUUCGCGGCUCAUGGGGACUUCAGCACGGACGGCACGCGCUCCAGCGCGGGCUUCAUCGACGGCUGCCGCCGGGCGACGCUCUUCGUGUACCUGAACGAUGUGCCGCGAGGCGGAGUGACGGAGUUCCCGAAUGCAUCUCCAGCUCUGAGUAUUACUCCGCGAGAAGGCUUGGCGGUGAUCCACUUCCCCGCCAGCUUGGAGAAUCUCUCCGAUGCCCAUCGGACGAGGCACGCGAGCCGCCCCGCGAUCGACGAGAAGUGGCUCUUCGCCACGUGGCUGUGGAGCGGCGAGCGCUCCGCAGACGUCGAGGCGCUGCAGCGCAUCGGCCGAGGCUACACCCAUGCAUGGCCUGA